UGCACUUUACCGCAAGGAGCUACAAACUUAGUUGCUAUAUUUAUUUGCACUAUUAUAAAAAUUUUUAAAAACUAUUUCCUAAAUGCAGCACUCUUUAUUAAUAAUAUAGGAGUAGCUGGCCUAAAGUCAAAGUACAAUAAUAAGAAAGUAUUAGAUAGGAUUUAUUAA